AAUGCCAGCUGGGCUUUUAGUUGAGAAACUUCGGACAAUCAUGACCGUAACCAGUAAUGUAGAAAUUAUCGCUAUUCCAGUACGACCAUUUCUGGUUGAACAUCUGGGGACAGGCAAUUUGGAGAAUGUUCAGUCUGAUGCAGACAAUCCUGACAACAAUUGUAAUCCGAAUCAAGAUCAUAUGAUUGAGCGAGAGAGACGGUUUUCCAAUUGUUCAUCUAACAGUGAAGAAUCAGUUCUGGUUACAGUGAAACAUUCUGAGAAUGAUAAGCAAGUAUUAGAAUUUCUUUCUGAGGAAUUUCUAGAUAUAGGGCUGAAAGAUUCUCCUCAAUUACUAACAACUAAUAAGGAUAAUUUGGAAGAUAGAUUGAAAACAUUUUAUAAUAACUGGCCAGAUUCAGCUCUUAUCAAACCGUUAGAUUUAUCUAAAGCAGGAUUCUUAGUCAAACGGCCAAAUCAGUCAGUAAUAUGUUUCUGGUGUUUUAAAAGUGUCAAUAUUGACUACAUAAUUGGCGACGUAUGGAAACUUCAUGCUAAAUUAUCGGGAUUUGAUUGUGAAUUUUUGUUGAAAGAGAAAGGAAGGGAAUUCAUUGAAAACGCCAACAAAAUAGAAAAAUUCGAAACUAAAGUAGAAAUUAUGGAAGAAAAAAUCAAUGAAAAUGGCGUAGAUUCAACUACAGAACAAAAUGAAAGAGUGGAUGAAAAUGACAAAAAGGAAAUUGUAAUUGAACAGGAAAAUCUUAAUCAUUGCGUUGAGUCUACUAGUAAAGGAAAGAAUGAAAGCACAUUGAAACGUAGGAGAAACAAAAAGCGCAAAAAUAGAAAAAAGAAGAAGAUGGCCAACUUAAAGGAAAAAUUAGAAAAAAGUGUGCAACUAGAAGAGGAGAAGAAAAAAUGUAAAAAAUGUCAUACGAAUGAUAGAACCACAAUCUUCCUUCCAUGUUCAGAAUUAAUAUAUUGUAGUAAAUGCGCUGAAAAUAUAGAUGUUUGUCCUCAAUGUGGUGAAGAGAUUCAAAGUAAAAACGUAGUUUAUCCGUGUUAA